UCGCCUGGGCAACGAGCAGCGAACCUCGCCGGGCAGAGUUUGAUGGGGCCGAUGAUGCCUUGGGGAGACUCAUUUUGCAGUGGCGAGGAAUAAACCCAGCUAUUGGGAAUGGUGAUCAGAUGUUGUAUGCUCUCAGCCAGUUUAUUCAAGAUCUAGAAAUCACAGCUCACAGAACAAAUACUGAAGCAAGUAGCAACAUCAGAUAAUCCAGUGCUCUUUCUUGAACAUUAUGCCAGGCAGUAUACGCCAACAUAUAUCCCAAGUAAGGACACUGUACAAAAAGAUCCUUCAGCUUCAUCAAGUGUUGCCACUGGAACUGAAAGCCCUGGGAGAUCAAUAUGUGAAAGAUGAAUUCAGACGACACAAAUCCAUCAGUCUCCAGGAGGCCCAGCAUUUCCUACAGGAGUGGGAGAACUACGCGAUGAUGCUUCAGCAGCAGGCUAAUCAACAUGAGCAAAACACCACUAAUCAGCCUGAUUUUGGAGCACAUCUCACAAAGGAGAAACUUAAUGCCCUUCGAGAUGAGCAAGUUGGACAGCUAUAUGAACUAAUGCGAGAGGCCACAAAAACCAAGAGACAGUUCAGUGUUUUAGAUGAUGGAGACAGCAAACAUUAACACAUUUUUUGAAUUUCAUUUUAUGGUAUGUCCUUUUUUUUGGUAUUUCUUUCUAAAUGGUUUUAUUCUAAAGAAUAAUGGAAGAUGAUAAAUAUACAUAUGCAUAAUGAAUUAUCAAAAGUAGCUUUUGAUCAUCUAUAUAUUAUGUACAGCCUGCACUAAAUGUGUAGAAUAAUUCAAUAUUUUGGACAUUUCAGAUGUAUUAAAUUUACCAUAUGGAGGAAAUAGAAUUAAAAUGGCUUUGUACUAAGAAUGUAUUUGGUGGAUGGUCAGAACAUCAGAGAGGAAAGAACCUUGAACUGCAUAUUGAUGUGUUCAAAGUUUAAUAGUUGUUUUGCUUUUUAAAAGUAGAAUACAGCUGUGUGUAUUUUACAUAAUUUAUUGUUUGAUUCAAGUGUCUUGAAGACCAUAUGAAAUAUUUUUGAACUUACUUUUAAAUACCAAAAUCUGCCUUUUUUUGCCCAAUAUUUCUUUCCUACAAAAGAAAUUUUGGUUUUUCUAUUUCAUUUUAAAGCACUGAAGUAGCAGAUGGCAUUGUUACUCUUCCUGUGAUGCACCUUUGUAUCAUUCUUCAGCCUCCCAUGCUGCUUUUGCUUUCUGUUCUGAUAAAAGUUCCCUUGCCAUGUCUUCCCUUGAGAUUUAAUUGGAAUAUAACAAGUCAAGUGAGCUCCAGGCUGCUGGGAAGAGGAGUGUUCAAUGCGAGAAGAAUAGCUUCAAAGUCCAGCUGUUUCUUUACUAAAAAAAAAAAACAACCCCGAAGAAAUUCUUCAUCCAAGUUUUAAGAAGAGAAGUUAAACUGAAUAGGUGGACCUUCCUUUUAUUUUAUAUGCACAAUUCGCCAGAAUCCAAUAGAACACUCCUUGUUUAAAAAUAGUUACGUUCUGGGUAUUUUUUUUUACGUUCCAUUUUUAAACAAAUCAAAUAUGCAUUCAGGGCUGGUGAAAAACAAUCAAGUUUUAUAAGUGGCAACUGGAAGUAAAAAGAAAUUGAUCUCUGGUUAUAUCAUUAAUGCUACACAUAAUUUUAUAUUGGGAAUAUCUGUUAGGGUUUGAUGAGAACUAGGCGACUAUAGUGAUGACUUUGACCCAGAAGAUCUAGAUUCAGAAUAACAGAGUUGGAAGGCACCUUGAAGAUGUUCUAGUCCAAUUCCCUGCUUGGAGCACUCACACCUUCUGAAGUCCAUCUUCAGCCAUGACAGCUCACUGAAACUAAACUACCUUUCAUAAGGAACAUGAUAAAUUAAUAAAAACAGGCAUUUUUACUUUGACAAUAGUUUGUCCAAGAUUUACCUUUUUAUUUCUUUCUUGCGUUCCAGUUGAAAACACUUCCCAUGAUGACUGAACAUGGUCUGAAAAUUUAAGGAGAAUUCCCAUUGAUACUUAAGGUUUUUUUUUUUUUAAAGAAAAAGCUCCAAACCAGUUAUAGGAAACAGAUUUUAUUUAAAACCUGAUUGAGGAUCAAGAAGGCAAGCACUCCUUUGCUACAUGUUUUUGGAAUAAAAAUCUCUGCCUUCUUGUAAUUAAUUAUUGAUACUAAUUAAGAAAAGAUAGCUAAAACUCACUACAUAAUAAAUAUAAUGCAUAUUGUGGCUUUCAGACAUCAGCAUGAGUCUGAUUUAUAUAACCUAGGUUUAUGGGUGCAAUAAAUAAUUAGUGCAUUUAGUGUCACCAUCCAGAAGCAUGAUGCCAUAUCCAGAGGCAUGCUCCGCUCACAAAUUUCAGGAGAUUAUUGGCUUGUAAGUUCUCACUGUUUGGAGGAUGCUAUCUUGGAGAACUGUAGCAAUAUUUUACUAUGUGCUUCAUAUCUUGGGAUCUGUCUUGAUAUUCAAUUGAUGUGGGGUUUUUUCUCCAAGAUAUUAUAUAGAGAUCAUGGAAAAAGGAAAUGAAAACUCAUUUACCUGGUCUGAGCCCUUUAUCAUCCAACAUAUAUUAAAACUCUCUCAACUGUUUUAAAUGGAAAUAAGAUUUUUCCCAGGUUUUAAAAAAAUUAAUCACUUAUUUACAAUCUUCCCCCAACAUAUUAUUUUGACCUUUCUCAAAAACAAUAUUUUUACUUUGAAUUCCUAGUUUCAAAAUGAUUUGGUGUAGAAAUAACUUCAUUGCAAGAUUAAAAUAGAAGUGACAGUGAUUAAAAUAGCUGAAUAUAACAUUAGUUUCCAUUAAAAUGUCAAAAAGUACAAGUCUCCUGAAAAUUAGUCUAAGUAAUUAAUUUAGUUUUCAAUUUUAUUUUAACUUUGAGUGUUAGCUAAAUGAGUUGUUCUCACAUAAGACAACACAGGUCUUCAAAAAAAAAAUUUUGAGAGCUGUUUUGGUUAUUCCACAUAAUCUUUAUGUUUUUUGGUG